AUUUUUGUGCAAUUCCUACCUACAUGACGAAAUAAAUAGCCUUUGUGAAAUAAAUCUUAUCUCAGUGUAACACAAUUACAUACAUUUACCUAAUUUGAUUAGAAAAAAAAACUGCCCUGUAAACCGAUGGGCUGUCCGGUUUAAAAGAUUUUAAUAUUGUUUACGGCGCCUUGUUGACACAGUUGCGUUAUUUAUUACAUUUUUACGUCACAUUUAAUAAUUUGGCCGGGUUUCUGUAUUGUGAUUGUUGACUCACAAUAGUCGUCGACUUGGCGUUGCCAGCAGCAUUUCAAUGUGACCUUGACUAGAAACAGCUGUUACGAUAAAAUGGAUUCGUUCUUUAGCCUUUUCGAUCCUACCGACGGAGGUCAAAAUAAAAAUAAUACAAGAAAAAAACACAAAAUCGAUUCGGAUAGCGUUAAGAAAAAAAAUGAACUGCCCAAAGGGAGGAGGCGAGGGAGACGCUCGAACGGCAAGCAUGAAUCUCUGCCCGAGGAGUCCUCGUUCCUCUGCGAGCCUGAUCUGAGCAACGGGAUCGUGGUCAAGGGUGUCAGCUACAUCGAGAAUUACAUCGAAAUUAAUACAAAGGACGACGACGACAAGAGGCCCAAACGCAGAAAUUCUAACCGCAAAUCACGCCGGAAAAGGACUAAAACCACGCCUAUUAGAGAGCAGGCCGAUGCAGAACUGAACCCCUGCGUAAAUCUCAACAAUCAGAUAGUUACAUGUAAAAAAACCGAUGGAAGCGUCGGUAAGAAUGUCAAUAAACUGACGGACGACAAAAAAAGGAACAACCAAACGAAAUAUGACGAUUUCGAUGAUAAGAUGUGUAACGUUAUCGAUGGCCUGGAAGGGGUCAGCCUGAAGGAAGACUUGUAUAUGUCAGGGGAAUUCAAUACGGGGGAUUUUGACGAGGAUUGGGACGAGCCCGCGGCUGAGGACUCCGAUUCUGAUUACGAGGAUUCGGCCGAUGAGGUAUACGGGAACCUGCCCCCCGAGCCCAGGUUCGGGAACGUGGAGUACAAGCUGCAGCUGGUGUCGCUCUGCGAGAAACGAUUCCAGCAUCUGGUCACCCAGCUCAAAUGGCGUCUCCGGUCGGGGGGCGGCCGGUGUGUGUACGUGGUGGGAGUGCGGGACUGCGGCGCCGUGGUGGGGCUGCGGGCGCGCGCGCUGCGGGGCUCCCUGCGCACCCUGCGCCGCAUGGCGCGCGCCCUCGCCGCCACCCUGCGCGUCACCACCAGGCGUCUGGCGCCGGAUCGCGCCGUGGCCGAGGUGCACAUACUAAAGCUGGCCGACCCGCAGCAGAGCAUGGAGCUGAGGAUCGCCGUGAUGGGCGCCAACGAAGCUGGGAAGUCCACCUUGAUCGGAGUCCUCACGCAAGGCGAGCUGGACAACGGCCGGGGGAGCGCCCGUCUGAACAUGUUCCGGCACCUGCACGAGGUCAAGAGCGGCCGGACCUCGUCGCUCAGCCACGAGAUACUGGGGUUCGACGCCCAGGGCAACGUGGUGAACUACGGGUGCUCGGAGCUGAUGACGGCCGAGCGGAUCGGCGAGCGGAGCACCCGGCUGGUGUCGUUCAUCGACCUGGCUGGCCACUCCAAGUACCAGCGCACCACGCUGCACGGGCUGGCCGGCUACUCGCCGCACUUCGUCAUGCUCGUGAUAUCGGCGACGGCCGGCAUCACGCGCAUCACGGAGGAGCACAUAGACCUGCUGCUGGCGCUGGACGUGCCGUUCUUCACGGUGGUGACCAAGUGCGAGCUGGCCGCGGCCGCCGUGCAGGACGUCGCCGCCAAGCUGGCCAAGCUCCUGCAGCCCUACAACAAGAGACCACUGCUAAUAACAGACGAGAACUCUGCGAGGAACUGCGUGGCCCCACAGAAGCUAAUUCUUGACACGAUCAAUGACAAUGCCUCUGAGGAUAAAUGCGUGAUGCCGGAGGUGGCGGUGUUCCCGGUGAGCUGCGUGCGCGGCGCCGGGCUCGGGCCGCUGCACGCCUGCCUCGCCUCGCUCGCUUGUCUACUGGCCACACCCUCCGCCGCGCACUACAACACGCUGCCGCACGACGUGAGGGACACGUGCGAGUUUCAAAUCGACGAGAUAUUCCACGCGGGGGAGUCGUCCGGUCCCGUGGUUGGGGGGCUGCUGGCCCGCGGCAGGAUCCGGGAGGGGGACGACCUCCUGAUGGGUCCACUGGACGACGGGCGCUUCGUGUCGGUCCGCGCGGUGGGCGUGCACCGCAACCGGGCCGCCGUGAGCGCCGCGCGCGCCGGACACACGUGCUCGCUGCGGCUGCGGGCCCAGCACGCGCCGCGCCCCGGCAUGGUGCUGCUCCGGCAGCCUUCAGACUCUUCGGGCCUUCACUGCAAGAGCAACAACGUGGGGAGCUCUGUGGAGGACGCGAUGACCCUGGCCCGAGCUCAGCAAACGCUGUCGAAGCCCGACGCCGAUGCGACCAAGAACACGUUCGAAGGAGCCACCGAUGACAUCCAAGACGACGGCACGACUAAUCCUAGGGGAUGUCUCUAUUUUCAGGCCUCUAUACACCUUCUGAGACAUUCGACCGCCAUCUAUAGAGGGUUCCAGUGCACAGUUCACGUCGGCAACGUCACGCAAACAGCCAUCAUCCAGGGCAUCAUGUCGGGUACGGGAGAGCUGAGGGCUGGCGAGUCGGCCUCCGCCCUGUUCCGGUUCGUGCGCAGCCCCGAGUACCUGGUGCGCGGCAGGAGGAUGUUGUUCACUGCAGGACUCGGCACCAGAGCCAUAGGGAGGAUAACGCAAGUGUUUCCGCACGUCCCUUGAAAGUCCUAAACUACUAUAUUUGUGUCUAAAGCACAGAAUAUUGUAUACGUGUAAAUGUAGAAGAGGACAACAAAAUGUUAUUUGUUAUUUUCCUCAAGUAACGUCACCCUAGCGAGGAGAACCGAGAUAUUUAGUGGAAAUGUUUGGUGACACUACUUUAUCAUAUAUUUAUUUAUUAUAUUUUUAUGAGAUAGUAUAAUAAUGAUAUUGGAUUUAAUGAUUAUUUUCGUUUAUGUGUGUGUGUUUUUUGUGUACUUAAUACGGGAGACGAAUUUGAAGGCGGUUAUUAAAUAUGAAACAUUUGAAUUGAAUAGAUUAGAAUGAAUUGUAAUACUAAAUGUUUCUGAUCUGAUUUCGUGUUAGAAUAUGAUCAAAAUAUUUAUAUUUAUGUUCGUGAACACUAAGGUCGCUGUAAACAUAUUAAUGAGUGAUUAUAUUUUUCUUGUAUAUCGGUUAAAAUUGAAUUAGGUUUAAUUAAUCGGAAUGAGUAUUCACUGUGAAACUAGAUUAAGUUUAACGUUGGCAACAUUUAGUGAGACACUCGAAACGUCAACGUCAAGUUGACAGUGACAGUUGAUUUCUAUCAACAUACAUCAUGUUGAUUGUAAUAAGAGUGAUAUGGUGGAGGGGGGCAAGGGGUACAGUCGGUAAUGUCUAUCGAAAAGCGACCAGUGUGCUUAGUGCGAGUUUUUAACAGCGUCCCUAGCGGCAAAUGUAGACAAACGUUCCAACUCCAUACGAAUUUGAGUUUACUUUUACACUAUCGAGAACGUUAAAAAAUUCGCACUAUGCACACUGGGGCGCACAAAGAUGGUGCCGAAAGUUUUUAUAUUAUAACUUACUACGCUGUUUUGGUGGGUACUUCAGUCGUAUUCGUAAUAAUGCCUUUGUAGGCAGACGAGAGCAUACGGCCCCCCCUGAUGGGAAGUGGAUACCGUCAUUGCUGGGGACACAGUCGAGCCGCCACCAAUAGAAUUUACUGCUUACAGCUUUUCUAACUUAUCUCCUCAUAUUAGACAGCAGUCACCAUACAGAGUUUCAAGCUUAAACAUUUGGCGAUAUUUUACUGAAAUAUGACAAUCAUUGUGAUCAUUUUUACUGGUGGUAGGACCUCUUGUGAGUCCGCACAGGUAGGUACCACCACCCCGCUUAUUUCUGCCGUGAAGCAGUAAUGCGUUUCGGUUUGAA